AUGGCUGAUAAUGGUAAUGCCAAAGGGGGAUCUGGUGCCUAUACAAUUAAUCUCGAGAACUUCAGUAAGCGGCUGAAGGUAUUCUAUGACCAUUGGAAGGAGCACAAGUCUGAUCUUUGGAGUUCGUCUGAUGCUAUUGCAAUUGCUACCCCCCCUCCUUCUGAUGAUCUUCGUUAUUUGAAAUCAUCAGCCCUGGAUAUUUGGUUACUUGGAUAUGAAUUUCCAGAAACGAUAAUUGUCUUCAUGCACAAGCAAAUACAUGUUUUAUGCAGUCAGAAGAAAGCAAAUCUUAUCAGGACCCUCAAGAAGGCUGCAAAUGAGGCUGUUAGUGCUGACAUUGUGUUGCAUGUGAAAACCAAGAAUGGUGAUGGUGCUGACUUGAUGGAUGACAUAGUGCAGUCUGCUCGUAAUCAAUCGAAAUCAGACAAGCCAGUUGUUGGACACAUUGCCAAAGAGGUACCUGAGGGUAAGCUUCUUGAAACAUGGACAGAAAAGUUAUCUGGGUCAGGCGUACGACUUACAGAUGUAACAAACGGCUUCUCUGAGCUCUUUGCUGUGAAGGACACCACAGAGAUCACGUGUGUGAAGAAGGCUGCUUACUUAACUUCAUCUGUUCUGAAAAAUUUUGUGGUUCCAAAGCUGGAGAAGGUUAUUGAUGAGGAGAAGAAAGUCUCACACUCAUCUUUGAUGGAUGACACAGAGAAGGCUAUUCUUGAUCCCCUCAAGGUCAAGGUGAAGUUGAAGCCUGACAAUGUUGAUAUAUGCUAUCCUCCAGUCUUUCAAAGUGGGGGUAAGUUUGAUCUGAAGCCUGGUGCGUCUAGCAACGAUGAGUACUUGUAUUAUGAUUCAGCAAGUGUUAUCAUCUGUGCAAUUGGUUCCAAAUACAGUAGCUAUUGUUCAAAUGUUGCUCGGACAUAUCUUAUUGAUGCUACCCCUACGCAAAGUAAAGCAUAUGAGACCCUUUUGAAAGCUCAUGAAGCUGCUGUUCAAGAAGUGAAACCAGGCAAUCCGAUGAGUGCGGUUUAUCAAGCUGCAGUGGCAGUGAUUGAGAGGGAUGCCCCUGAACUACUUCCUAAUCUAACAAAGUCAGCUGGAACUGGAAUAGGCCUUGAAUUCCGAGAAUCUGGCUUAAAUCUGAAUGCCAAGAAUGAUCGUAAGAUAAAACAUGGAAUGGUUUUUAAUGUCUCCCUUGGUUUGCAUAACGUCCAGGCAGAAACCACCAGUGAGAAGACAAAGCAGUUUUCACUGUUGUUAGCUGAUACAGUUUUAGUUAAUGAAAGAGGACACGAGAUCUUAACAGCACCUUGCUCCAAGGCAGUCAAAGAUGUUGCUUAUUCGUUCAAUGAAGAUGAUGAAGACGUUGCUGAGGUGAAGACAGAGUCGAAGACCAUAGAUGCCGUGCCAACCAAGGCAACUCUCAGGUCGGACAACCAGGAAAUGUCGAAGGAAGAGCUCCGGAGACAGCACCAGGCUGAACUUGCUCGUCAAAAGAAUGAAGAGACUGCUAGAAGGCUUGCUGGGGUGGUUCUGGAUCUGAAUGUUAAUGAUGUACCAUUUGUGAGAGAUUUGGUGAUCCAAGUAGAUCAGAAGAAUGAAGCUGUCCUCUUACCUAUUUAUGGCAGCAUGGUUCCUUUCCAUGUUUCUACUGUCAAGAGUGUGACCAGCCACCAGGACAACCGCACCUGCACUAUCCGCGUCUUCUUCAAUGUGCCUGGAAUGCCAUUCUCAAAUGAUAGCAAGCUAAAUUCUCAAGGCGCUAUCUAUCUGAAAGAAAUUACAUUCCGCUCAAAAGAUCCACGGCAUAGCAGUGAAGUUGUUCAGCAGAUCAAAACGUUGAGGAGGCAAGUUGCUUCAAGGGAGUCGGAGAGAGCUGAAAGGGCAACUCUUGUUACCCAGGAGAAACUUCAGAUAGGAAACAACAGAAUGAAGAUGAUGAGACUUAGUGAUGUGUGGAUACGACCUGCAUUUGGUGGUCGUGGGAGGAAGCUCACUGGAAAUCUUGAGGCUCAUUUCAAUGGUUUCAGAUAUUCUACUUCAAGGUCUGAUGAGCGCGUGGACAUCAUGUUUGGAAAUAUAAAGCAUGCCUUUUUCCAGCCUGCAGAGAAAGAAAUGAUUACUCUCCUUCAUUUCCAUCUGCACAACCAUAUCAUGGUUGGAAACAAAAAGACAAAGGAUGUCCAGUUCUAUGUUGAAGUGAUGGAUGUUGUUCAGACUCUUGGUGGCAGUAGAAGAUCGGCACUUGAUCCUGAUGAGAUUGAAGAAGAGCAGCGUGAGAGGGAUAGGAAGAACAGAAUAAACAUGGAUUUCCAGAACUUUGUGAACAAGGUUAAUGACCACUGGUCGCAACAACAGUUCAAGGGGCUUGACCUGGAGUUUGAUGUCCCCCUUAGGGAGCUUGGGUUCCAUGGUGUCCCAUAUAAAGCUUCCGCUUUCAUCAUUCCAACUUCUACUUGUUUGGUUGAGCUGAUUGAGACCCCCUUCCUGGUGGUGAGCCUGAGUGAGAUAGAGAUUGUUAACCUGGAGAGGGUAGGCUUUGGAACGAAGAACUUUGACAUGGCUAUUGUGUUCAAGGAUUUCAAGAAGGAUGUUCUCCGCAUUGAUUCCAUCCCUUCAGCAUCGCUCGACGCGAUAAAGGAGUGGCUGGACACAACUGACCUCAAGUACUACGAGAGCAGGCUGAAUCUGAACUGGCGUCCUAUCUUGAAAACUAUAAUUGAUGAUCCUCAGAAGUUCAUUGACGAUGGCGGCUGGGAGUUCCUGAACAUGGAGGCGAGUGACUCGGAGACUGAGGACACAGAGGAGUCAGACCAAGGCUAUGUGCCUUCCGAUGCUGAGCCUGAGUCCGAGUCAGAAGAUGAUGACUCCGACAGCGAGUCCUUGGUGGAAUCUGACGAUGAUGAUGAGGAGUCAGAUGAGGACUCAGAGGAGGAGAAGGGCAAGACCUGGGAGGAGCUGGAGCGCGAGGCAAGCAAUGCGGACCGUGAGCACGGUGCAGAGUCGGACAGCGAGGAAGAGAGGAGGCGCCGCAAGGCGAAGACCUUCAGCAAGUCGCGUGCGCCGGAGCGCAGCAGCUUCAAGGGAGCGCCACCCUCCAAGAAGCCAAAGUUCAGGUGA